AUGGCGGUCCGCCCGGGCGAGGAGAACGUUGCUACCCUCUUCGGGGAUGUGCACUAUUUCUACGGGCCGCCCACCGAGAAGCCGCCGCAUCAUCGCUUCGAUAAGGGCUCCUAUGUGUAUUUGUUCGAGAAUGCGAAUGACAGAAGGGCGCGCAUUGAAGUCGCAAACCAGCCGGGCUCUGACGACCAAGAUGCCUUUGACGGAUUCUUAGACAGAACCCGGGUCCGAUACUCAUACAGUCAACAAUGCCUUGUAAGCAUCACAGUCGAUGGAGUGCCAGGUCCGCCGUCAGACCCAAGCCAGUGGUAUCUCCCGACCUACGAUCCGCGGAAUGAGAACAAGUACCACUACAAGCUCCACUCCCUGGAUAUAUACUUCUGGACUCAGAAGGACGCCCUGCAGUUCGUGAACGGUGUUCGCCGGGUUCUGCCUACAUCUCAAGUAGAGGUCGCUGACGAACCGGUUCCUCCCUCAGCACAUUCAUAUGGCCAUUCACACGAUCUGAACCCUCUGGUCCAGAAACUAGAAAAGGCUGCAAUUUCAGAUUCAAGGCAGCCUCAGCAACAUGGCGUGUCUACCUUUGCACCACCGCCGACCUCAGGAUCAGGUAGAUCAGGCAACGAUGCCGAUUCGCCCCAAAGAUUUGCGCCCAUGGCAUACAACCCUGCUGCACCGGCGGCUCCUGAACAGAUCAGACAUCGAGAAAAGACACCACCACCUGAGGAUGAUGGCCACGACCCUCUUGCUGCAGCUUUAUCCCGAGAUCACGCCCCGCCAUACACGCCUGGGUAUGGGGCAACAACCUUCUCUGCUCCCCCAGGCGGGCCGGGUCUUCCUGGCCCUCCGCACCCAGGACUGGCAAGCCCGGGCCUUGUGAGCCCAGGUUUCGCGAGUCCCGGCAUAGCGAGCCCAGGCUUCCCACCUUCACAGUAUGCGCACCUCCAGCGCUCGUCUACAAUGCCCAUCUCCGGGAUGGCAUCGCCGGGCUUCGCCAGCCCGUACGGUUCCAACUUCCCCGGGUCACCAGGCUUCGCUCCUCCACACCAGCAUCAACCUAUGCAGCCGACUGCCCACCACCCGACCCCGCCUCCCCUCCAGAGUCCCGGCCUGCCUCCUGGGCCGCCGGGCGGUUACUCGCAGUUCAAUUAUAAUAAUGCGCAGCAGGGGCCCAUGAGCGUGGACUAUGGUAUCCAUCAGCAGCAAUACCGGCCGACCGAGCAUGAGCACGCCGCCAAGUAUGGCGGAUACAAACCGAAGCAGGAGAAGGAGAGCAAGCUGGGCCAGAAUGCGGAACGGUUGGAGAAGGGGGUGACGGGCAUGCUGAAGAAGUUUGAGAAGAAAUUUGGUUGA